AUGGCUACUACUUCAUACUCUGUCAAUGGGUCGUGGGUGGCACCCAGCUUCCGGAAUAUAAGCGGCCAAUGCAACGCCACCUAUUGCGAGAAUCUCCACAUCGAUUGUGAUGUUGUAACCAACUACUUUGCCAACUCGAUUCUAGUCCAGUCGAGGGAGAACAAACUUACCGACGACCAGGCUGGUGAUGUUGGCUACCUUACUGCAUGGCUGAAGUCAUUGCUUCCCGAUGAAUGGAAGACGGAAUUUACCGCUGACCAAAAGGAUGUUUUGGACUCUGACCUGAUGCUCUGGUACUAUGGAGUGUGGCAAAGCGACAGAUUUGCAAACACAAACUGGACCGUGUAUGAUGAGCACGACGACGAGCUUGAGGCUUACGAUUCGAUUUUGGCCAUUUCACAAACGGAAGCAUUUUCCUGUGAUGGAAGGAAAAUUUGUGACAAAAUUGAAAUCAGGGGCGAUCCAGACGUUUCUGGAAGAGGAAUGCUCAUGGCCUAUAUUAUACUCGCUGUCCUAGCAACCAUUUACUUUUUAAUUCUGACCACUGAUCGAUUGAUAUCCCAAGUCUACGAGUCCCGCGGCGGAGAUGCACGACGGCAAAGUUGGAACCGCAUCGUCACGGCGUUUCGCGAAACCGUUGACGAUUUUCUGAGCGCGGCCCUCAUAUUUGCUAUCGCGCUGCUUGGAGCCACAAUCGCCCGCGACUACAUGUAUCUGAACCGCAAGAACGAGACCCAACCAGCCGACGUCUGGUCAUACGCCCUACAAGGAUCGGCGCUGACAUCCAUCUUCUCUGUAUUUCCGUGCAUGAUACUGCAAACCGUCACAACUCUCGUCAACGCGACUUACCAACGAUAUCAACGACUAUUUCUGUGGAGCACCGUCAUCUCUCUCGCCAUUGCAGUUGGGAUUUUAACUCAGGAAGCCAUGGGAGACCUGUUCACACAAAAUGAUGCAUUUCAUCGCUUGUUAUCGCCCGAAUACGACUACUCGGACUGGACGGACAUGAAAUUAUAUGAUUCAGAUGUAGCCUUGUGGAACGAGUCUGUCUCGCGGGCGGGAGUUUACAGGACAAUGAUAUGGGAGCAGUACUGCGUGUCCAACGACGUCACCCGGGAGCUGAAUACUCUUGUGGCGGCUGGAUUUGGCGUGCAAGCUCCUUAUUUUAUGUUUUGCCUGUUGGCCAUAGUUGCUGUGCUGAUCCCAGUCAUCUGCCCUAUCCGCCUCGCGUCUACGCCCGACGAGUACGUCAAGAACCAAUACGGAAUGCUCCAUAGUCAGGCCACGCGAGUAAUGACACACUUGCGGGUUUUGAUGGGACUCGUCUACUUGGCCAUGACCUGGCUCUUCUUGGCCAAGUUCAUCAUUUACCGACACUUGGUGAAAAGCCUUGCGCCAAGUACUGACCAGGAUUCCGAUUGGAGUUUUGGUCAGAUACUUGCCCUGGCACAGUGGGUUCCUGUUGUUAUCAGCCUCCUUUCGAUUUGGCGAAGUAAGACACGCAUCAAAACUUGUGUUUGA